UUGUGAAAUGACGCCACUGUUUUUGAUGAACGCGAAUAAAAAUAGUGAGCUCGCACUUUAGUACGAAAAGUAGCGUUGAACGCAAGCAUCAAAGAUGCCGGGAGAAGAGCUUUUGGCAGAUUCCCUUGCCAUCACUUUGUUUUUUGGAAUAAUCUCUCUUUUCUGUCUUUAUUGGUAUUCUAUUAAAGACUUUGAUUAUUGGAAGAAAAGAGGAAUACCCUAUGUUAAACCUGUCUUACCUUUCAUAGGUACAUCAUACUCGCUAUUAUGGAAACCCGCACACCAAAUAGAUGUGGAAAGAUACAGAAAACUAGGCCCAGUCUAUGGGCAGUUUGACGGCGCCCGUCCUGUGUUAGUAAUUGCGGAUCUCAAACUAGUUAGAGAAGUCUUGGUUAAAGAGUUUCCAUCUUUCAUAAAUCGGAGAGUAUCGUCUUUCAAGAAUGGCGAUUCCAUUGUGGACGCGAUGCUGUUCGUACUGCAUGGCGAUGAAUGGAAGCGAGUGCGAAACAUACUGACGCCAGCUUUCACUACAGGGAAAAUAAAAAGAAUGAUAGAUAUAAUAAAGGAGUGCGGACAGACAGCAACUGAAAAUUUCAGAACAACUGCAAAAAGUGGAAAACCCUUUCAAGCUAAAUUGAUUUAUGGCGCCUUCGCUAUGGAUGUUAUCGCCAGUGCUGCUUUUUCAGUUAAACUGGAUUCUCACAAUGAUACAAAAAAUCAAUUUGUUCAAACUGCUAAAGAAGCAUUUUCAACGGAUUUUGGAUUCAAGCUUUUUAUUUUCCUUUUGUUUCCAAAGUUAGCGAAAUUGUUCAAAGUGUCCAUCAUUUCUCCGAAGCCCCUGGUUUUUUUCAGAGAAGUGAUUCUCCAAAUUAUGGAAAAGAGAAAGAAAACUGGGCAGACUAGAAAUGAUUUCUUGCAACUUCUAAUGGCCACAUUAAAGGAGGACACCGAAGAACUAAAGGUGGACAAAGGAAUUGAGGAAAACAGCAUCACGUCUAAUUACGGGCACGACGAAAGCACGUAUCAAACACCUAAAUUUGGAUCUAAUAAAAAUCUCUCUUUGAACGCAGCGGUUGCUCAAAGCAUCUCGUUUUUCACCGCUGGCUUCGAUACAGUUGCAUCCACUUUGUCUUUUGCGACAUAUCUUCUGGCUGUGAAUCCAGAGAUCCAGGAGAGAAUGUACGAAGAAGUGCACCAAGUUCUCGAAAAAACGGAGGGAGAACUUACGUAUGAAGCAAUUCAAGAAAUGAAGUAUCUUGACAAUGUAUUAUCAGAAACAUUGAGACUAUAUCCUGUGAUCCCAAGGUUAGAAAGAAUGACAGAAACAGAUUGCAAGUUAGGAGACACUGGCAUAACCGUACCCAAAGGAAUGGCUAUCGUCAUUCCAAGUUAUGCGCUGCAUAAAGAUCCGAAGUUGUUUCCAGAUCCUGAAAAAUUUGACCCAGACAGAUUCUUGCCCGAAGAACGCGCGAAGCGAGAUCCCUAUGCCUACUUGCCCUUCGGCGACGGCCCUCGGCAUUGCAUCGGAAUGAGAUUCGCACUCAUAGAAGUCAAAACCUGUCUCGUCUACGUCAUCGCCAACUUCAAGAUACUCAGAUGUCCAGAAACCAAGGUUCCUUUAGAAUUCUGUCUUGGUCCUGGACUUUUGAUUCCCAAGGAUAUCAUCCUCAAAUUCGAAGAAAGAACUGAUAAAAUUUCUUUGAAAUAACCUUCAUUCUCUCAAAUGCUUUUUCAGAAGCCAUGAAAUGAAUUUCAUAGCUAAUUUUAUCAAAAAUGAAUUUUGUAUAAAAUUGCUUUAUGAAAUAAAAUAAAACAUUCCUUUCCAAA